AUGGGUAAGGGCAAUAAGCGUUCUUUGGGAAAUGGUUUUGCUGAAAAUGAAAAGAAGAAGGUAAAGUACAAUAAGAAACAGAAAUUGCCGUCUCCUCCGUCAGAGGUUACAGAAUCAGAGAGUGAAGAGUUGAUGAAAAAUGAAGAUGUCUCAUCUGUGAGUGAAAGUGAGCUGGAGGAAGAAGAAGAAGAAGAAGAGGAGGAGGAGGAGGAGGAGGAGGAGGAGGAGGAGGAAGAAGAAGAAGAAGAAGAUGGUGACGAGGAAGAAGAGGAUGAGUUGGAUGAACUAGAUGAAGCUGACCUCCUGGAGGAAAGCCCCCAAACUUCUUCAUCAGACCCCAAUAAGAAAACUUCCAAAGAACAACAUAUUGAGCAAAGAAAAAUUCUUGGAGAGAGAAAGUUGCAAAGAAAAUCAGGAGUACAAGUGCAAGAGAUAAAGAAAUUAUGGGAAAAAUUGAGGGUCACUAAACCAACACCAAGCAAGCAGCAGCGUGAUAAAUUAUGUGACGAAAUUUGGAAUUUGUCACAAGAUGUGAUAAAUGACUUGGUAUUGAAACAUGAUGCGUCAAGAGUAGUUCAAACUUUGAUUAAAUAUUCUUCAAAAGAAAGGAGAGACAAAAUUGUAAGUGCGUUAAAGGGCUCAUUUUACCAAUUGGCAACUUCGGCAUAUGGUAAGUAUCUUCUUAUUAAGAUUUUACACUAUGGGUCAAAGGAAUCAAGAGCAAUGGUUAUAAACGAAUUGCAUGGAAAAAUACGUAAAUUGAUGAGACACAGGGAAGGUGCUUAUGUGGUGGAAGAUUUGUUCGUGUUAUAUUCUACAGCCGAACAGAAACAGCAAAUGAUUAGAGAAUUUUGGGGUAGCGAAUAUGCUGUAUUCAAAGAGUCAGGUAAGGGCAAAACAGUACUCGAGGUGGUAAAGGAAUCGUCCGAGAAAAAACAGUUGAUUAUGCAAAACUUGUUUGGUACAAUUAAGGCCUCUGUCGAGAAGGGAUCUACUGGCUUUCAAAUCUUGCACGCAGCAAUGAAAGAGUACGUUACCAUUUUGGCAGAUAAUAUCGAGGCAAACGAUUCUGCUAUUAGAGACUUUAUUGAUCUUUUGAGUGAACAAUUUGCUGAACUAGUACACACACAAGAAGGUUCAGAAGUUGCAUCUAGUUUACUUGCAUUGGCAACGGCAAAAGAAAGAAAGACCUUAAUAAAAAGCUUGAAGCCUCAUCAAACUGAAUUGAUCAAAAAUGAGUUUGGAAACUUGGUGCUAACUGUUUUAUUCAUGGUUGUGGAUGAUACCGUUUUAACAUAUAAAUCGUUUGGGAAUGAAAUGUUUACUCCUGAAUUAUUGCCAGAGAUUGUGCAGAAUAAAUAUGCAAGAAGACCUAUAUUAUACAUUUUGAAAGGAUUGAAUGGGAGGUAUUUUGCUCCAAACGUCAAAGGUGCUUUGUUGAAGUAUGAGGAUUUGGCGUAUCGAAAAACGUCCAAGAAGGAUAAAGAUAUCAAAAGAUUAGAACUCUUUGAUAAAUCUAUUGAACCAAUUUAUAAGGCGCUUCAACCGUCUCUAAAAGAUGAUGCCAACUUCAACGAGUUUUUGUCAAAUAACAUGGCUGCUCAAUUCCUUACUGAACUUUUGUUAGCUCCAACAACAAACGAUACAGUAAACAGCACGUAUAGGCCACAGAUAUUACAAGCUAUAUUUGACAAAAUAAUCAUGGGAGACGUUUUAGAGGAUUAUCAUUUGCUCAAUAAGACACCAUUCGUUUCAAGAUUAAUAAAAGCAUUAGUCCAGGGAAACCUUUACAAGUUUGACAAUGAUUCUAAGAAAUUGAUUAAGAUAGAAUCGGGUGUAGAAACUAUACCAGGUGUUGGAGUAGAGUUUGCAGAAAAGAUUGCAGAUGCAAUUGUAGAUAAUGUCAAGAUUACCGACUGGAUUAGAGGACAACCUGCAUUCGUUUUGGUGUCUGUUCUUGAAGUUUUACAAUUAUCAAAAUCAAAUACUGCAAAUAAGUUGAAAAAGGCAUUAAUACAACAAAGGAAACAAUUGCCUGCUGAUGAUAAAGGUUCUAAACUCUUGUUAGAAUUUGUUUAG